CGCCGGAAUCCCGCGCUGAACUCGGGGGCGGGCUGCCCGGGCCAUGGCGCAUAAAUCCUCUGGCCACCUGCAGGGCUACUGCUGCUCCGGCCACCUCCUGGCACACACCUUGCUGCUGAGGGAUCCUCGGCUCCUGUCAUCUCUGUGGCCUCCGUCGCCUCUGUCGCCGUCCCUUUCAGGUCCUGAGCCCAGCGAGCCCCGGCCGCGCACGCGGACAUGGGCGGCAGCUCCAGGGCGCGCUGGGUGGCCUUGGGGCUGGGCGCCCUGGGGCUGCUGUGUGCUGCGCUCGGCGUUGUAAUGAUCCUCAUGGUCCCCUCGCUCAUCAAGCAGCAGGUGCUGAAGAAUGUCCGCAUCGACCCGAGCAGCCUGUCCUUCGGGAUGUGGAAGGAGAUCCCCGUCCCUUUUUACUUGUCAGUCUACUUCUUCGAGGUGGUCAACCCCAGCGAGGUCCUAAACGGCGAGAAGCCGGUAGUCCGGGAGCGUGGACCCUAUGUCUACAGGGAAUUCAGACAAAAGGCCAACAUCACCUUCAACAACAACGACACUGUGUCCUUUGUGGAGAACCGCUUCCUCCGUUUCCAGCCAGACAAGUCCCAGGGCUCGGAGAGUGACUACAUUGUACUGCCUAACAUCAUGGUCCUGGGGGGCGCCAUAAUGAUGGAGGACAAGCCCGCGGGCCUGAAGCUGAUGAUGACCUUGGGGUUGGUCACCAUGGGCCAGCGGGCCUUUAUGAACCGCACGGUUGGUGAGGUCCUGUGGGGCUAUGAAGAUCCCUUCGUGAAUUUCCUCAGCAAAUACUUCCCAGACAUGCUUCCCGUCAAGGGCAAAUUUGGCCUGUUUGUUGGGAUGAACAACUCCAAUUCUGGGGUCUUCACCGUCUUCACGGGCGUCCAGAACUUCAGCAAGAUCCACCUGGUGGACAAAUGGAACGGGCUCAGCAAGAUCAACUAUUGGCAUUCAGAGCAAUGUAACAUGAUCAAUGGGACUUCCGGGCAGAUGUGGGCACCAUUCAUGACACCAGAAUCCUCGCUGGAAUUCUUCAGCCCGGAGGCCUGCAGAUCCAUGAAGCUCACCUACAAGGAAUCAGGGGUGUUUGAAGGCAUCCCCAUUUAUCGCUUCACGGCUCCCAACACUUUGUUUGCCAACGGGACCGUCUACCCACCCAAUGAAGGCUUCUGCCCGUGCCGUGAGUCCGGCAUUCAGAACGUCAGCACCUGCAGGUUUGGCGCACCCCUGUUUCUCUCCCAACCCCACUUUUACAACGCUGACCCUGUGCUGUCAGAAGCUGUUCUUGGCCUGAACCCUGACCCGAAGGAGCAUUCCUUGUUCCUAGAUGUCCAUCCGGUCACUGGGAUCCCCAUGAACUGCUCUGUGAAGCUGCAGCUGAACCUCUACAUCAAAUCUGUCAAGGGCGUUGGGCAAACAGGGAAGAUUGAGCCAGUAGUUCUGCCAUUGCUGUGGUUCGAACAGAGCGGGGCAAUGGGUGGCCAGCCCCUGCGCACGUUCUACACGCAGCUGGUGCUGAUGCCUCAGGUUCUAAACUAUGCGCAGUAUGUGCUGCUGGGGCUUGGAGGUCUCCUGUUGCUGGUGCCCAUCAUCUACCAACUGCGCAGCCAGGAGAAAUGCUUUUUAUUUUGGAGUGGUAGUAAAAAGGGCUCGCAGGAUAAGGAGGCCAUUCAGGCCUACUCUGAGUCUCUGAUGUCACCAGCUGCCAAGGGCACGGUGCUGCAAGAAGCCAAGCUGUAGGGUCCCGAAGACACUAUGAGCCCCCCAAACCUGAUAGCUUGGUCAGACCAGCCACCCAGUCCCUACACCCCACUUCUUGAGGACUCUCUCAGCGGACAGCCCGCCAGUGCCACGGCCUGAGCCCCCAGGUGUCACACCUGUCCGCACGGCACACGUGUGCCCAAUGCACGUGCAAAAACACUCAGGGACCAGGGACAGACCCGCUGCUGAGUGAGCCUGUUGGGCCACAGGCUCGCUCUUCUAAGUGACCUGUGAGUGAGGCUGUGGGAACUGCAGCUGCCAUCAGUCCCUCCUGUAGGAGCUGGCCCCGCCCAGGCUCCUGCCUUCCCUCUCUCCAUCAGUCUGAAAGCCUUAGUUCCCACAGAGGAGCUAAGUCCCUUCUAGGGGCUGGGCAUACAUAUGUCAGCCUCUUGUGCCAAGGCCAGGCAAGCAGUUCCAGGUCCUGACCAGUUUGCACAUACACACUGGAACUGUAUCUGGCGCUGUUCCUAUAGUCUCUGCUCUGUCACCUGAACGUUGAACGAACCACUGUAAGUGGCAGAGGUGGCAGGCCCCCUCAGGGUCCUUAUUUUUCAGGCAUGGGGGUCAAAGAUAGAGGUGUGGACCGUCUGCCCCUGACACCUAGUGGACCUCACCAGAGGGUAGGGUAGACAGAGGUUCAGAGUCCCGCAACCGACCCCUUUUUUUCUACUGAAAGAGAAAUUUUAUCAUCUUUUGAAAGAAAAUCAUGACUGAAGCAAUAAACCUUUUCACAAAUUCAA